AGAACUGGUAGCCCCUCAAUCGUACAUCCACUGUUGCCCCGAACGGUUUGUUAACGGAAUUUCAAACUGAGCAGAAUCGAGACUGAACUGAAAUUCAAAAAAGAAUUCUUCUUGUGAUCUUCUGUGUGUGCCCGUGUUGAAUCUAAAUAAAAAGAAAAAGUAUAUAAUAAUAAAAGAAAGCACGAAAAGUAUCCAAUCAAUCACAAAAGGCAGAUAAUUCUACAAAAGUGCUGACUGUGCUAUCCGGAAAUUGAAACUAUUUAGUGUCAACAUAGUAAUUACAGGGCAUAAUUUUCUGAAAAAAACCCAAAAAGAUCAGCAGAAAUCAAUAGUGCCCCAGGUGACACAGAUUUUCCAUAAUUGGACAAAAAGCCAAGACUCUACCGGAUACAUAUAUUUUUCCAACGAACGUUGGCCAGUGCACUUAGAUCUAUAUAGAACUUUAUAUAUACAACUAUCAAAUAAAGAAUAAUGAUGUCCAGAAGAGCCCUCCUAAUUGCCGGACUCCUACUGAUCGUGGGCAGCUCCACGGUACUCUCCUAUCCACAAUCCAACCUUGAUGAUGAGCCCAUGCAAAAUGACGAUGACUUUGAUUAUUCGAGUGACGACCAAAGUGCCCCCAGCCCCCAGACCAAGGACUCGACCCCCACUUCCCUGCAGAGGGUCAGCAAGACGGCAUCUGUGACUGGAAUUCUCGGCAAGGAUUUGAAACUCAAGUGCGAUGUGGGAACUGAAAUGCUAAGUGCAGAAAAUGUGGUUGUUCUUUGGUACUUCGGCAACACUUUGAUUGCCAAUGGCAAGAAUGUGGUGCAGCCGAACUUUGAACUGGAUCCCAACUUUGAUUUGACCAUCCUGAAGGCCAGCGCCCAGGAUGCCGGCUCCUAUCGCUGCGAGGUCGUACCCUCCAGGUCCGAGGUCAUAACAAAGGUGGUCAUCGCCGAACAUUCCCUGGAUGCCAUUGUACCGGAGAGCUCAACUUCGGCGUCGAGCGCGAUGGCCUGCAGUCUGAUGGGCUGGACGCUGCUCGGAUCUGUCAUGGUACUGUUGGGAGCCGGUCGUCAUUAGCUUAAGCUCAGGAUUAGUAUUACGCUGGCAGAGAUCUGUGCCCUCUUCA